AUGGGUGCUUUUGAAGUGAUCUUGUGUACGUGUUUAGUUCUUCUGUGCCUUUGGAAGGGCCUAAAGACGUUUUUAAGAUACUUCUGGAUCUCCAGGAAGGUUUCCUACAUCGCUGGACCGCCACUAAUUGGCGUGAUAAAGAAUGUUCUGCUAAACAAAACGAGUUUCGCUCAAUUAUUCCUGGAUCUCUACAAUCAUCCGAAGACAAGGAAAGACGCCGUGACUGGAUUCUACUUCUUCCACAAGCCUUGCCUUCUGAUCCGCGAUCCGGAGCUCAUCAAGAGAAUUCUGGUGAAGGAUUUCAACCAGUUCAUGGACAGAAGAAUGGCUUCCGAUCCCGAAAGUGACCCGAUUGGUAUGAAUACACUGGUGAAUGUUAAGGGAGAUACUUGGAGGAACAUUAGAAAUCACAUAACUCCAGUCUUCACUGCGCACAAACUGAAGAACUUUUUCCCGUUGGUUGUGGAUGUUUGCGAAGAUUUGGAAGUUAAGUUGGCCAAGGAAAUACCUUCCGGAACUUCUGGAGAGAUCAAUCUGAAGGAAUUCGCAGGACUUUACACUGUCGAGACAAUUGCGUCAUGUGCUUUUGGAGUGAAAGCCAAUUGUUUCCUUAAUCCGGAUUCCGAUUUCCUCAAGAAAGCUCAAAGAGUUGUCGAUCCAUCGGAUUUCAAGAGAGUUAUUGAGUUGGGAGCGUGUUUCUUCUUCCCCGAGUUUGCCAGUGUUUUCAAGUUGAGAUUCUAUUCCAAGGAAACGGACGAAUUCCUCCGGACAGCCAUUCUGGAAGUGAUGGAAGAGAGAGAAAAGAGUGGUUCGAAGAGGAAUGAUUUAAUUGACGCUCUGAUAACGAUGAAGAACACACAGAAGGAGAUUUUCCACACAGAUUGUCUCAUUGCUCAAGCGGCAGUUUUCCUAGCCGCUGGAUAUGAAACCUCAUCGUCAGUGCUUUCCUUUGCCUUGUACGAACUGGCCAGGCAUCAAGAUAUGCAGGAGAAACUGAGGAACGAGCUCAUGGACUUCGCCAAGAGCGGGAAGGAGAUGAAUUAUGAAAAUUUUGCCAAUUUAGAGUAUCUUCAUAUGGUUUUUCAAGAAACCCUUCGACUGUAUCCCAGUAUUCCUUUCCUGGAGCGCACUUGCCAGCCAGCUGAUGGUUCAGAGUCUUAUUCAUUGGCGCCCUUUCAUGACUUCUCUGUUCCUAAAGGAAUGCCGAUUUACAUCCCAGCAAUUGCCAUCCAAAGAGAUCCCAACUUCUUUCCUGAUCCUCUAUCUUUUCGCCCGGAUCGCUUUGCCGUCGACGCUGAGCCUCGUAUUGAUCAUAAUCUACUGCUAGGCUUCGGACAAGGGCCUAGAAAUUGCUUAGGAUCUCGCUUUGGAACGCUCCAAGUGAAGAUGGCUCUGGCAACGAUUUUGCCUAAAUAUCGCUUGUCUUUUUGCAAGAAAACACCUCAAAAGAUAGUGUUCAAUAAGAAAACAGUGCCCAUGUUCUCAGAAGAGCCCCUGAUCAUCACAUUCAGGGAGAUUUGA